GGUCACUUGCUCUGGCUGCUCCAGAGGCCUCACUGCCUGGGCCUGGCUCUGAGGACCCUGCUCAGCGGCCUCUCCUGGUGGCCCUGUUCUGCCAGCGCCCAGUGUCUACCACUCGGCAGCUCUCCUGCUGUCAAGAUGCCGUCACCUCGGACAGUGACCUCUGGGCCAGAGCUGCACAGCCCCAAGGAGCCUGCGGAGCCAAAGACCCCGGUCACUGGGAGGGCUGGCAGCGUGGAUGCGCCUGGCAGUGGGGAUGCGCGGCUGGGCCUGGGCACCUUACGGCGGGCCUUCACCCGGGCGAGCCAGCGGGCCUCAGGCCCGGGCUCCGAGGAGGACCCGGGCCUGCUCCGGCGCAGCUCCCGCUUCCUGUUCCAGUCCUUGCGGCGCCGUGCCCUGAAUGACAGCCCGGCUGCUGAUCAGUGCCAGGCCACCGCUGUGCCAAGAGUCACGGAUGGUGUCGGCCGGCAGUUGUCCACUGGGGCGGGGCCUGAGGAGCCAGAAACCGAGGCAGGCAAAUCCGUGGCGGACCUCAUCACCGAGCGAAAGCUGCUGACAGCCUUCGAACAGCUGCAGCAUCUGGAGGCGCGGCUAGUGGCGGAGAAAGCUUCACACACCUUCGAGCAGGACCCCACGGGCUUCGCGCGGCGCGCCAUGGACGUGUGCCUGCACUACGACGGGCUGGCGGCGGAGAUAGCCGCCAUCGUGCGCGAGACGCUGGGCCCAGACGGCGUGGACGCGGCCGCGCUGGCGGAGGUGGCCCAAGUGGUGCGCGCGGAAGAGGAGGCCCACCCGACGUCCCCUGCAGACGGCGACUUCCUGCGCACACCACGCCGCUGGCGCCAGCAUUGGGAGGACGCCGUGAGGCGGAGCGCGCAGGAGCGUGUGCAGCAGGCGGGCGCAGGGCAGGCUCCGGAGGUAGCCGGGGGUGCGUCGGGCCUGGCCCAGCUUUUGGCGGAGCUCGGCGGCUUGGUUCGCCGCGACCUGCAGAAGGUGCAGCUGGAGGUGCAGCCGGCCUACGUGGCCGCCGGCUUCUCGGCGUGGGAGGUCUACCUGCGCGCCUUCCACAGCGCGGUGGCCCAGCGCCUCCAGGAGCUCGCGCACGACGCGCGCGGCUGCGAGCAGCUGUACAUCCUGCUGGACUGGGCCGCCAAUGUCUACGGCAGUCCUAAUUUCCUGGGCGCCCCGGACCUGACUCUGUCCACGGAGCCGCUGCCCCCGCUCCUGGCACCGGAGGUGUGGGCGCGGCUGGAGAACGACUACACCAGCUUCCUCGAGACCAAGAUCGCGAGCUGCUUCGAUGGCAUCCUGGAGCAGGAGCAGAGCCGCUGGAAGGACGCCGAGGCGCCCGACGUGAUACAGGGCCGCUACCACACGCCGCUGUCCGUGGACGUUCACAUGCUGGUGGCAGAGCACGUGAAGGCGGCCAGGGCCAUCUCCGCGGAGCUGGAGGCCACCACCUUGAAGAUAUGCGCGCGCGAGCUUGGCCUCUUCGUGCCCAGGUUUGAAAAGGCUUUUCUGGAAUCGGAAGCAGUGAACGAGCUGCACCUGGGCGCUAACAUCAACGCCUGCGAGGAGCUCAGGACCAGUCUUCUGGCCAGGUUCCCGGGAACUUUUGCGGAGCUGGAGAAGCCCCUGGCGGCGACCAUCUGCACCUUCCAGAAGCAGCUGCUCCUGGCUUUGCAGCGCGAUGUGCAGCCACUCUUCAGGGUCCUGUGCACCAAGGCCUGGCUGACUCAAGAUGCACUGCUGCCCAUCAUGGAGAAGGUGUUGGCCUUCACCAGCCAGCUGGAGCUUGUGGUCCCAGCCCGGGCACAGGAGAUUCUGCAGGAGGUGCACCGCUACGUGGUCCGGGAGUACCUGGCCCAGGCGCUGAGGCCGCAGGAGCGGCUCCGGGGCGUGGAGCGCAUGGCCUGCUCCCAGAAGAUGGCCCUUGAUGCCCAGGCCAUUGACGGAACCUUCCAGCGCCUGGGCUCUGGGGCCACGUGGUUGGGCCCAGCGAUCCCGUGUGUGGCGGACAUACUGGGUGAGACCUACAAAGAGGACAUCCAGAGGCAUUUGGAGACGCUCAUCCGGAGCUACCCCGACAUCAGACGGGACCACGUGCUGGCCAUCCUGUCCCUGCGCCGCCUGGGCCACCGGCGGAACCAGCGCCUCCUGCAGCACGCCCAGGACCUGCUGAGGGCUGUGGCCAAGGCCGGGGACUCCGGGACCCAUGGGCGCCGCGUGCUCUUCCAGGAGAUCAAGGUGCCCCCAUCCGUGGACAUGCUCAUGGCCUGCAUCUAACUGCUCCCGGUCCAGAGGGGAGCCCACCCCAGGCAGGGGCUGCAGCAGGUGUAGGGUCAACCACGUUCCCGCAGGCCCCGAACCCGGAGCUGGGAGUCCAGGGAGGCAUGCUCAGCCCCGCUCCCAACCCUGAAGCCCAGAGUCAUGGUAUUUUUGUCCUCUGCCAAGCACGCUGCUGGGCCAGGAGUGGCAGCCACAAUAGAGGCAUUUCAGGCAUCUGUGGGGGCAUGUGUGGGAGCCAGGGCCUCCCUCCAACACUGCAUCAGAGAAGGCCUUCCCGCCUGAGUGUCCCACACCACUCCCAGUCUGAAAGCAAACAACAGAGUAUUUAUUUUUUAAAUAAACAUGAAUUAAAAUGGUGUACCCCCAAGUGGGGUGCAGGACCAAGCUGUCUGGGAGCAGGAGGCCUGGGUCCCCGGGUCCAAGGAGCCAGGCCGGAAGGCUCUGUCGCGCCUCCAUGUAGUGAACGGCUCUCUUCUGCUUAUUGUAUCAGUGGGGAGACCACAGCUGUGGCUGCAGAGCAAACCGGGCUCAGACCCCGGCGCCCUGCACUGCUCGCCUCACGUGCCAAGCGAUCCUCCCCCGGCAGAGGCGGGCACUGCUCUCUCCUGCUCCAAGCAGGCCUGGGCCCCUGGGAGCCCAGAAAAGGCCCAGCUUUGCCCUGCACCGUCUGGUGUCUGGGUUAGAUGCGAGACGGACUUCUCAGCAGUGAGAGUUGUAGGGUUGCUGG